AUGGAUUGGAGGAAGCUUUUCAGAUGUCAAGAAGAUCAAAAGUUAACCUAUUUUCCCCCUAAAUCGUCUGAAAAUUCUCCGAUUGUCUGCCCGCCACCAGAGGUCUUCGAGACAGCUGGCCUUAGCUACAUUUCUAGGGCUCUAGGAACUCCAAUCUCUAUGGACAAUGUCACUGCUUCUAAAAUUAGACUUCAUUAUGCUAAGGUCUGUGUAGAGAUAGGAGCCAAAGAGGACAUUCCUGAACAUUCAGACAAAAAUUGCCCUGCUAAACAACCAACAACUCCUUCCACAUCGAAAAUUUGGAGAAAAAAGACUGUAUCUGCUACUAACUUAGAAGCUAAGAUUUCUGUUAGUCAUGAAGAAUUGCAAAACCUAGAGCAAGACUCCUCUCCCUCAAAGGAACAGUCUGAUCCUAAGGACAUUCAUACAGUAGAAGCUUCAGUUAGUCAGCCUGUCCUAACUGAACAAUCCUCCAAGGUUGAUUCUUCAGUUCCUCAUAUCAUUCCUGCUAUUGAAGGAAAUUCUUCUUCAACACAUCAUUUACCCCACAGUGGUGAAUCAGUCCAAGAAGGAAAUCUUCCUCUGUCUCAAUCUCCUUCUGACAAGGAUCAAGAGCCUAUCUCUAUUCCUAAAAGAGGUAGAGGCAGACCCAUUAAGGUCAAAUCUAAAGUAGCUCUUAAGGGAUCAGCUAACAGAUUUAAAAUCCUUAAUGUUGUUGAUGAAAACUCACCUAUUGCUGAGGUUCAAGUUAAGAAAACUAGAUCUGCUGCAUCAGGAGUAGCAAACCUUCUUAAGGAACUUAAAGCAAAAAAGAAGGAACAAAUUGUUAAAAAUUUGGCUGCUCUGGAAAAAAAGGAAUUGAUAUCUGCUUCUGUAAUUCUUCUGACCAAAGUAUUACUGUCAAAUGCCACUUCAAUAGUACCCCUUUCAUCAUCACUGCUAUCUAUGGUAGUAACAAUGGCACUACUAGAAGACACCUCUGGACCUUAUCUAUCUACUGAUAUGAAAGACCUCCUUGAAGUGGUUCAAGACCUUCUCCUUCAGGACCACCCAUUUUUUGGCCCUUCCUUUACUUGGAGUAACAAGCAAAAAGAUGCCUUCUUAGCAAGGAAACUUGAUAGAGUUCUUAUAAACUCUCACUGGGCCAAUUCCUUCAAUAAGUCUUUUAUUGAAUUUUUUGCCCCAGGACCCUCUGAUCACUGCAUGACACUUGUAUGGUUGAACAAAGAAGCCCACACCAACCGUCCCAAACCUUUCAAGUUUUUCAACUUUUGGUCCAAUCAUCAUUCUUUCCUUGAUGAAGUGAGACUAUCUUGGCAGCAACCUAUUCAUGGUAACCCUAUACAAGCUUUUUUUCUUAAACUUAAACGACUUAAGCCUUGUUUACAAGCUUUGAGUAAGAACUCCUACAAUAAUUUAUCUGCUAGAGUCAAACUCAAGAAAACAGAGCUGGAACAAGUCCAAAUUUCUACUCUUAAAGGAACCGGCCCCCUUGAUAUGGAUCUGUCUGUUCAAAAUGAGCUUGCUGCUCUUGAGGAAGCUGAAAAUCUAUUUUUAAAGAAAAAAUCCAAAGUUAAGUGGCUUAAAGAGGGAGACAAGUGUACAAAGUACUUCCAUUCAAUCAUUGCAACGAAAAACAAAAAUGACACCAUUAGGGUCCUAAUUAAUGCUCAAGGAAAAAGGCUGAAAUCUUUUGAAGAUAUGGCUUCUGAAGUCCUUGAUUUCUUCAAGCAUCAAUUAGGUUUUGCUUAUCCUAAUUUACAGUAA